GAAAGUUCGCUCCAGAACUUCCACGCUGAUCUGUGAGUCUUGGCGCUUCAGUUGCUAGGGUGAGAGCUCCAUAGCAACCGCACCACUGAGAGGAAAAGUUGAGAUUUUUGUUUUUUUAUCUGAAGGAUGCAGAAGAUGAAGUUUAUUUUCCUUAAAGACGGAUCUUUCACAUAAAAAAUGCCAGCAACAAAAGUGAUAAAGCCAGAACCGGUGGAGGCGACGGGAAAGACCCCGGAGAGACCUAAACCGGUGAAGGUACGGACGGUUACCGGAGCGCAAAGUGAGCUCAGAGUGCCCGCUGUGCGUAAAAGCCGCGCGUCGAGCUGCCCGAGGUGUCCGCCGCGGGGCCGCUGUGAGCGGCGCGCCGGCGCGCAGGGAGCCGCUGUCCAGAGGAGCAGCGAGAGGAGGACCAGGUCCAGCUCCACGCACCCCAGGGCCGACCAGGACCACCGGACCGCGAUCCACGCUGCUGUGAACCCGAAGUGCCGGGACAUGACGAGCAGCUGUCUGAGGGAGCAGAGGGGGGUCCGGACCGAGACGAGCCGCGCGAGCCAGAGUCACAAAGCUUUCACCAUCAUCCCGCCGAACCCAAAGAGAAGAAGAGAGAUCCAGAGAAAGGCGGAGGCGGAGCUCGCCGCUUUAGAGGAGCUUCGGCUGAGCAGAGCGAUGGCGUACGUCUCCAUCAACCCCAGCAGUGUUG